AUGGCAGCCUCCGUUGCAUUCAUGAUGCGCUAUCUUCAGACCAAUUCUGCCAAGUGUAUAAGUAAAACGUUGAGAAAUAAGGGGAAAAUCUCACAUAUUCAACAAUGUAACAAACAUAGCAAUAUAUUACUUUUCGCAAACUCGACAAAUAUUACAGUUCCUUCAGUUAGACGAUUGUGUAGAAAUGCAGUGAAUUAUAGUUUAUUCGAUACUCAUAUAAGCAGACGAAUGUUUUCGACAUCAACUGUCAGACUCUAUUCAUCGGGCAGAAAAUGCUGGAAGUGUAAUAAAGACACAUCUUCGUCAUCGGAAUUGUUCUUCUGUGAAUGUGGUGUUGUUCAAGCUCCUAUCCGUGAUAUGAACUAUUUCUCUCUUUUUGGCAUUGACAUAACCUUUGACAUUGAUGAACAAUCCCUGUCGAGGAUGCACAAAGACCUCCAGAUGAAACUGCACCCAGACAAGUUUACUCUAAAAUCAGAGGAGGAAAGAAACCAUGCUGAUCAGCAAUCAGCACUUGUGAAUAAAGGCUACUAUAUGUUGCUGAAGCCACUGUCGCGAGGCCUGUACAUGCUGGAGCUCUGUGGCUACCCCAUCGAGGAGAGCACUGGCGAUGUCGACCCAGACUUCCUCAUGGACAUCAUGGAGAUGAAUGAACGACUGGACGAGGCGGGAUCAGAUGAGGAAGUUCGAGACAUUGAGGAAGAAGUUACAGCUCUUAUUCAGAACAUUAUCAAAGAUAUAUCAUCAGCAUUCAAGGAAGAAGACCUGGAUCUUGCAAAGAAGUUGAUGAUAAGAUAUCAGUAUUUUGGAAAUAUUGAUGACAAAGUACGAGAACGUUAUAGGAGAGCUAUGUAGUGAACAUCUCUGUUUUCUUGAACACGUUGAACAUGUUGAAGAAGUGGUACUAAAGAAAGGAACAGGAACUGACUAGGUCUCUUUUGCCUUGAUUCAAAGUGAAAUUGCAUCAACUAAAUGGACACCAUGUAUAAUUGUACAUAAAAUAUUGGCUGUAACAAAUCCAAUUUUUUUCCCAAAUUGCAACAAAUGUCAAUACACUUUGUGAGGAGUGCAUUUCAGACUGAUUUUAAGGUUGAUUUGAGCAGAGCUGACCAUAUAUUGACAGGACCCUGAUUCAUGGUAGGCCGAUAAUGGUAGAUUGAAAAAAUGAUGUCCACAGUUUGGGGCACACAAAGUUUGACAUGGAUAAGUAUUACCUUUAACGUAAACCUGAACCUAAGGUUGGGAAAGGGUCCUUUCAGGUCUUAGAAGGUAGAAACAGGAUAAGGAAUCCCUUGAAGGUGGGGACAAGAUUGAACCACACGACACAUAUGGAGGCAUCAACAUGUCAUCCUGGGGCAUGGUGUGACCUGAUGAGGCAAUGAUCAGUCUCACUCAUAUGACACUGGAAUUGGUCCUUUUUGCCACAAAUAUGAUUUUUAAACAUUGUACAUUAAACCUUUACACAAGCAAUAGUGAGUGUGACUUGCACAAAGUGUUUUUGUUAUUCAAGAAUAAACAAUUAAAGUGA